CUAAUUUACCUGUCGGUUCUUAUUUUUUAUGCAUCCCAUUAACCUGCUGAAUUUGAAAAUGGCGGACAGUAAAUAUUUGUGAACAAUUUACAGACAGCAAAGAUGUUACUACAAACCACAAUAUAUCUGCUGUUCCUGUCAACAGUUUUUGCAGUUAAUCGCCCACCAAAUAUAUAUGUGCAGCCAACAGACCGUGAUAUAUAUUAUAAACCUGGAGAAUCAGUUGAGAUAUUGUGUAUAGCUGAUGGUAUACCAAAACCAAAGUAUAUAUGGAGACGUAACGGAGAGGCAUAUAAUCCCAGCGGUCAAGAUGACCGUGUAGUCCAACUACCAAAUCAAGGUACAAUCGUGUUUAACAAGCCAGAAGAUAAAGAUGAAGGUAUCUUCCAGUGUUUUGCUGACAAUGGGUAUGGAAUAUCUGCUUCAGUGAAGAUCAACCUGAGAGAAGCUAAACUUAAAAAAUUUGCAUAUGAACCAAGACAGACACAUACAGUUUAUGCUGGGAAGGAUCUAACUUUACCAUGUACCCCACCCCAGAGUUAUCCACCUGCAGAUGUUUAUUGGGUGAUAAAAGAACCAGAUGGUAGAUGGCAAGCUAUCAACUUUGAUAAAAGAGUUAGCAUGGAUAUUGAAGGCAAGCUCCGAUUUACAAAUGUGUUGAGAUCUGAUAUGGUCGGGGGUAGAGCUUACUCUUGUAUGGCCAUCAACUACUUCAUGAGAGACAAUGCCAUUGGUCCAGAACAUGUUGUCACAGUAUUGGGAUCUACAGAACAGAAGCAGCCUGCUAAAGAAUUGUGGACAUCACCUAGUGACCAGUUCUUUGUUAAAGGUGGAACUCUCAGACUCAAAUGUAUUUUUGCUGGAAAUCCCACUCCGGUAGUAUAUUGGGAGAAACUUGAGGGAACAUUUCCAGAUAGAGCAAAGUUUAAGAGUUUUGGACAAGAGUUACACAUCACUGAUGUACGUGAGUCAGAUGCUGGCCAGUAUGAAUGUAUGGGUCUAAACAGCGAGUCAACACAAAGGGCAACUAAAGCCUUUGAUGUAAGAAUAGAAGCGGCACCUUUCUGGGUGGAAGAACCUCACGAUGUUGAAGCCAGUAUUAAUGAGAAGGCAACAUUUAUAUGUAAAGCUGAUGGUGACCCUAAACCUGAAUAUGCCUGGUACAUCAAUGGUGUACCACUUGAAGAUAGACAGAACGAGCUGGGUGUACGAGAUCCACGUAUCUACAACAACAACCGAUUCUAUAAGAAAGAUGCUAACAAUAUUACCCUGACAAAUCUAACAUUAGAAGAUCACAUGAACAUCCAAUGUAAUGCCAGUAACAAACACGGAUAUGUCUUUUCUGAUGUCUACCUUAAUGUUCUGGCUGAAAAGCCUACUAUAAUCAAGCCUCCGCCUGCACAGAUCAAGGUUGCUGAGAGUAAAUCUGUUACACUAGACUGCCCGGGAAAGGUUAAAAAUGACCCUACAGUCACCCGGUACAGAACCAAAGGCAAAUUUCAGGGGACGAAAACCCAAUCAAACAAACAAACAUACAGUGUGUCAAUGACUGAAAUCUCUUCUGUUGAAUAUAGAUUUUUGUAUGUUUUACAGAAAGUGGUAAUGGCUGAUGCAGGUGACUAUAGAUGUAGAGCAAAGAAUAUCUACGGUGAGGUGACGUCAUCCUCGUGUAAAACACAAAUUAGACGAAAGACGAGAAUUGAGCAGUAUCCGCUAGAUCUUGAAGUUAUAGCAGGAUACGACGCUAAGUUUACAUGUUCAGGAUCUACAGAUUUUGAUGAGGCUGCACACAUGGAGGUGUACUGGGAGAAGGAUGAUAAACGUGUGUCAACUAACGAACAAAGAAUGACACAAAACUUUCAGGAUAAUUCAUUGACAAUUUCUGGAACAAUUGUGCGAGAUUCUGGAGUUUAUACAUGUAUUAUAACAAAUGGCUUGGAUGAAGAUAGGGCAUAUGCAAUAUUGACUGUUAAAGACAGGCCUGACCCACCAUCUGGCGUGGAGACAGAAAGAUGCCGAGACUCGUCGGCUGAUCUUAAAUGGAUAAAGGGUAUAGAAAACAAUGCCCCAGUCCAAUAUUUUAUUGUACAGUAUAACACCUCAUUCAAUCGUGACCAAUGGGUUUCUGCAAAAAAAGUGGAAUAUUCACAGAACACUGCUACGAUACCUCUUCAGCCGUGGGGGAAUUAUACAUUCAGGGUGAUAGCAACAAACAAAAUAGGUGCAAGUUCUCCUAGUUUCCAUACAACCAAAGUUUGUCGUACAAACCCGGCACAACCAGAAAGAAAUCCCCAGAAUGUGAGAUCUAUAGGAGAUACAAGAAACAUGCUCAAAAUACAGUGGAUUCCAAUGAACGAGUUAGAGCAGAAUGGUCCAGGUUUCAAAUAUCAGCUCACGGUGAAAGAACGUGGAAGUACUCGAUCGGAUACAUAUAAUAUAGAUAAUUGGCGGAAUGAUACGAUAGAAAUACCAAAGAGUAAACCUUACACACCGUACCUAGUCAAACUUCAGGCCAAAAAUAAUGUAGGUGAUGCUAAAGAAGAUCCGACAGAGUAUACCUUAUACUCAUAUGAAGAUAUUCCUAAAGUACGGCCGAAUGACGUAGAUGUUACUGAUAUAGGUAAUAAUUUCGCAACAAUUACCUGGACAUGGGAUUCAUUAUGGCAGGAAGAGCAAGGGGAGAUGACUCAGAUUCAGGGACAGUUAAAAGGAUUCAGGAUCCAAUACUGGCGUACUAACGAGAAGUUAAGUACGUUUAGAGAAGUAGAGGUACCUCUAGCGGAGGUCAUGCCGAAAGAUCCGCCACCGGCAGGCAUGCAGAUACCCUCCACCUACAUGCUGAAGAACCUCUCACCAUACAGUAACAUGCAGGUUCAAAUCUGUGUCAUCAACAACUUCUUUGUCGGACCACCCAGUGAUGCUAAAGCCUUCAAUACAUUUGAAGGAGUGCCGGGUCCAGUACCAAAGUUUGAGGCUCGUAUAAGGACCAGUAACUCAUUUGUUCUAUUUUGGACAAGACCAGAAAAUGAAGACCUAAAUGGUAUAAUCACAGGAUAUGAUUUAGGAUUCCAAACUGUUGAAGGACUUGAACUUGGAGCUUUCCAUGACCGUGAGGAACAGAUCAAUGAUCCUAUGGCAGUUCAAGCUGUUUUAAGUGGUCUCUUGCCAGAUAGAAAAUACAGAGUGCACAUAUUUGCCCGGACAAGGUUUGGACGAGGAGAGGGCACGUUUAUUGAAGUCUCUACUACAAGAAAAGCUGCCCUUGGAUCUCCAGUGUUUGAUGUUAGGGACAUCGCCGAGACAUCAAUUAAUGUGACAUGGGCACCUGGUGCUAACACAGGAGCACAUGUUGUGUAUUAUGUAGAAUUCAGGAAGGAAGGUGCUGCUGACUGGCAAAGAUCUAAUGAUGAGGUGAUGAGAAAUUAUAAGAACCUCAAUAAUCUAGAGAAGGGAACUUACUAUGAGAUACGUGUUGUAGCAUUUGAUGGUUAUAACCGUGCUGCCAGUGCAAGUCAAGUUGUUGGAACAGUUGGAUUUGCUGCAGCUAGGGCAGUGGCAGCAAACUAUGGAUGGUUUGUGGGUAUGAUGAUAGGUGGUCUUAUAUUUAUUGGCAUUGUAAUAUUUAUAUACUGGGUACAUAGACGAAGGAAGGAUGUUGAAGAAAUUCCGAAAACCAGAAAAGGAGCUGUUAUUAAGGAUAAUGCACCAAUGCGUCGUGAUGAUGACUUUGAGAGAGAAUCAAGGGGACAAUACAAUGACUAUUACAAAGAUGAAAGAAAAAGAUAUAGAAAUGAACGGUAUGAUGAAUAUGAGCGGGACCAGUACGAGCCACAUGAUGAACCUGCCGCAAGAGGAAUUUCAAAUCACGACUACGAUGAGAAGAACGGUGGUUACCAUGACGAUUAUAAUGAUGAAAAGAGAAGAGAUGAUAAUAGAGAUUCGUAUCGUGACGACUAUGACAGGGACUCGUACAAUGAUGACUAUGACCGUGACUAUGAUCGUGAUUAUGAUCGUGAUGACUAUGAUGAUAGAGAUAGAUAUGAUGAUGAUGAUUACGAUCGGGACUACAAACGGGAAAAAGAAGGAUAUGAUGACUAUGAUGAAAGUCGUGACCCACCACAGUAUGACAGAGCACCGAGGUAUGAUCGUGAAUUAAGCUAUGAAGAUCGUCAUCGAGCCAGCGUAGAUGGUGAGAAAGAGUACAUGAGUGAACCAUCAAAAUUUGAUGCUGAUGGUGCUCCUAUAGACAAGCCAGCUGAUCCCCAUUCUUCAACAUUUGUAUAAUAACAUUUGUAUUAGCAGCAUUCAAUAACAUUAGUGGAAAAAGUUGCCAUUAAACUAAGUCUUGUUAGUGGUAUAUUUGGAAAUCUGAAGAUAAAAAACAAUGUUUAUAGGUUUUAUGAAGAUUUUCAGUAAAUAAAUCUACAUUAUCAAGAAAUAUGUAUUUUUACAAUGAAUUCAUAAUUAAUGUCCUAUAUACAUUUGUGAAUAUAUAUGACAGAAAUGAAAAAGAACUAGUUUCUCCUGCAAUUGUUAAAGUUUGAUCAAAUAAUGUUACACAUAUAUUUUAUAUUUCAUCUUAUGCUUAUAUUCUUGGAAGAAAACAAUAAAUUUAGAUUGACCAAUCAAAGCAAGGGAUGUCUGCUAAAUACAUAAUGUAUCAUAAAUUAAAUUUUUAGUACUAUUUUUAUAAUAACUACACUUUGUAUAUACAUGUAUAUCAGUAACAAUAUAGCAUUUGCCUGCUCAAAAGGAAACUUGUAUAUUAGUGAUGUAAAUAUUUGUAUGGUAGACUUUUUUAUAAUGUAUGAAUGUCAGUACAUAUCAAUACAAUCAUGGAGGUUUUUAUAAAACUGAAAACAUUUUUAUUAAAUCAUAGAAAAAAAUAUACAUUCUGUAAAUAUUUGUGUUUAUACAUAACUUUAAUAUUACUUGACUUUAAUUGAGACUACAGCAAUACAUCAUUAUUUGUGUUUAUAUUUGACAUGUAGAUAAGAUAGUUUCAUAUUAAUUCUCAUAUGCUUCUAUUUAACUAUUAAAAGAAACAAUGAAUUAACUUUUGCUUAACAUUCUGUGAAAUAUUUCUUAUUUUAAAUUUCGAUUUUCCAGAAAUAUGUAUCAACUAUGUUUAUUAAGAUGUAGUGCUAAAUAUAUUUAGUGAUUAAAAAUUUAAAAAAAAAACCUUUUCCUGAAAGUGAUGAAUGAAUAAUUUUAGUAGCUUCUAGCAUAUAUUUUGUACAAAUGUCAGGCAUAUUUUAUUAGUUCAAACAUUCCAUUUACACAAUAAUCAUUUUACAUGUGAUGACAUAUAUUUUGUAAUAAAACAUUUGUACCUUAGAAA